CAAGGAGAGGAGGGCUUUUAUAGAGAAAUGGAGAGGGUACCUAGGUUAAUUAAUUGGGCUUCAUGGGCUUCGGUUUUGGAUGGGCCUUGGGCCAAAAAAAUUGGGCUGUUACAGUUACUUCUCUUCGGAUCCCAAUCUGGCCUACUCACUUCCCUCCAACCCCAGCUUCCUUUCCUCUCGUCCGCUGUUAUCCUCUUCCCGUACUUCAUUCUCCUUGCUGUUCAGACAUUAACAGAGAUCCUCACAUGGUACUGGCAAUCACCGGUCUGGCUAGUCACACCAGUUGUCUACGAGGCUUACCGAAUCUUGCAACUGAUGAAAGGGUUGACACUUAGUGCAGAGGUCAACGCACCCGUUUGGGUGGUUCAUAUGCUUCGUGGGCUUGUCUCUUGGUGGGUAUUGAUCUUGGGAAUGCAACUCAUGAGAGUUGCUUGGUUUGCUGGUUUUGCAUCUAGAACAACAACAGGUCAGCAACCACAAUCUGUUGCUUCUAAGUAAAGAUAGAUGUUUCUUCGUUUAGUUUUUAAAGUGCAUGUCAGAAACUAAAGAUCUGUAACUCUUACUUCACUGUAUAGCUUUUAUUAUUCGUGAGUUGGUGAUAAUGAUAAAAAAAAACAUAUUCUUUAUGAUCAUAUUCUAUA